AUGUCGCGUUUUCGAGCUUACAGAGACGAUACGGCUGCGUUUUCGGCCGGAGAUUUGGAGCUUAACGGUGGUUUAGGGAUUGCUCUUUUGAGUGUUACGGCUUCUGCUAAAGUAAAGAUUAGUCCUUUCGUUGCGACGUUAUCUGCGAAUCCGACGUUUGUUUCUGCUGUGUUCGCGUGGCUAUUUGCUCAAUCGAGUAAAAUGGUUAUCAAUUUCUUCAUUGAGAAGAAAUGGGAUUUUCGUUUGUUGUAUGCUUCUGGUGGUAUGCCUUCUUCACACUCGGCUUUGUGUAUGGCUUUGACGACUUCUGUUGCGCUUUGUCAUGGAGUUGCGGAUUCGUUGUUUCCUGUUUGUUUAGGGUUUAGUUUGAUUGUGAUGUAUGAUGCAAUUGGUGUUAGACGACAUGCCGGUAUGCAAGCUGAGGUUCUGAACUUGAUCAUAAGGGACUUGUUCGAAGGACAUCCCAUAAGUCAAAGAAAGCUGAAAGAAUUGCUCGGUCACACUCCUUCGCAGGUUCUUGCUGGAGCAUUAGUUGGUAUUGUGAUUGCUUGUUUUUGUUGCCAAGGCUAUCUUGUCUCAGCCUAA